CACCGCUUGCCCUAGACCAUGGACUGCAAGAUGCCAAGCCGGGCAAACUCAAACCUUUGGAGCCUGACAGCUUGACUGAACCUCCUGAACUGCUCCACUUCAAAACUGCUGGGCAAGAAAAAGAUUUUCAGCAAAUCCCCCCAGCCCCCCAACCCUGUGCAAGGCCUGGGCUGGCCAACUCAAACGACCUGGAACGCAGCCAGCAGGGAACCUGGCACCCACCCUUCCACCUCAGUGUCCUUGUGGAGUCUGACAGCCUCAGGAAGCCCCCAGCCAGCCCCUCAAAGAGCUCAGAGAACUCAACUCUGAGGAUGGAGCCAGGAGGGGGGUCCUCAAUGCCCCCAGCCCCCAUUGCCACCCGGGGGCAGCCAGAAGCUGGGCCUAGCAGCUCCUCCCUGGAGCAUCCAAGCACAGACCCAGGGAAGCUCCGAGCGCUCCCUGUUGGGCCUGGAGCCCACUGCGGGGACCCUGCCUCCGGGAGCCCUGGCAGCCAGGCCUCUGCGGGGGACAUGGGCUCUGUGGGUGAGCCCAGCAGCGGCACUAAGAUCCCUAACCGGGACAGCGGGAUAGACAGCCCUUCCUGCAGCGUGGUUGGCGAGCACUUCUCCUGCGAGGACGGCAGCGAGGCGGGCCCAGGCCCCACCAUCAAAGGCCUGCACCUGGAGACAGCCCCAGGUGGCAAGGCCCCACAGGAGGAGGCUGAUAGCGAUAUGGGCGAGGGCAGCAGUGAGGAGCCAGACCCCGAGAAUAGCCCCUUGAGGGCUGACGCGGAUCCAGCCAAGUGCUCUGAGCCCCAGAAGCUGCUCCACAUUGCCCAGGAGCUGCUGCACACUGAGGAGACCUACGUGAAGCGUCUGCACCUGCUAGACCAGGUUUUCUGCACCCAACUGAUGGAAGCAGGGAUCCCUUCGGAAGUCACCACAGGCAUCUUCUCUAACAUCUCCUCCAUCUAUUGCUUCCACGGGCAGUUCCUCCUGCCUGAGCUGCAGACACGGAUCAUGAAUGAGUGGGACACAAACCCCCGGCUUGGAGACAUCCUGCAGAAGCUGGCCCCAUUCCUCAAGAUGUAUGGUGAAUAUGUCAAGAACUUUGACCGGGCCGUGGAGCUGGUGAGCACCUGGACCCAGCGCUCACCGGUAUUUAAGGACAUUGUCCAAGGCAUCCAGAAGCAGGAGAUGUGCGGAAACCUGACGCUGCAGCACCAUAUGCUGGAGCCCGUGCAGAGGGUCCCCCGCUAUGAGCUGCUGCUCAAGGACUAUCUGAAGAGGCUCCCAGAGGAUGCCCCAGACUGGAAGGAUGCAGAGAGAUCCUUGGAGCUCAUCUCCACAGCUGCCAACCACUCCAACGCUGCCAUUCGGAAAACGGAGAAAAUGCACAAGCUCUUGGAGGUGUACGAGAGACUGGGUGGGGAGGAGGACAUCGUCAACCCUGCGAACGAGCUGAUCAAGGAGGGCCACAUCCAGAAGCUAUCAGCCAAGAAUGGCACGACCCAGGACCGCCACCUCUUCCUGUUCAACAGCAUGAUCCUUUACUGUGUGCCCAAACUGCGGCUCAUGGGCCAGAAGUUCAGUGUCCGGGAGAAGAUGGACAUUUCUGGCCUCCAGGUGCAGGAUGUCGUCAAGUCAAAUGCAGCCCACACAUUCAUCAUAACUGGAAAGAAAAGGUCCCUGGAGCUACAAACUCGGACAGAAGAGGAAAAGAAAGAAUGGAUUCAGGUCAUUGAGGCCACCAUUGAGAAGCACAAGCAGAACAGCCAGACUUUCAAGGCCUUCAGUGGCUCCUUCGGCCAGGAUGAGGAUUCCUCCCUCACUCCAGACCCGCCUAUGGUGAGCGCCAACUCAGAGGUGCCUGCAGUGGUAGCUACUGAUGGAGGGGGUGCUGCAGGGCUUGAGCCCAGGAGAGGGUCCUCUAAGACCCGACGUGACAAGGAGAAGCAGGGCUGCAGCAGCUGUGGUGAGACCUUCAACUCCAUCACCAAAAGGAAGCACCACUGCAAGUUGUGCGGGGCGGUCAUCUGUGGGAAGUGCUCCGAGUUCAAGGCCGAGAACGGCAGGCAGAGCCGUGUCUGCCGAGAGUGUUUCCUGACCCAGCCGGUGGCCCCCUCGAGCCCCAGCCUCGAGGAGCCCUUGGAGCCCAAGCAGAGCACAGAGAAGCCAGCCACUGUGGACCCCCUGCCCAGCCUGCUCUGUGGCCCCCUGCAGGUGUCGGAUGGCGGCACAGCCUGGAGCAAGGUGUGGGCUGCCAUCUCUGAGUCGGACUCCCUGGAGUUGGUGCUGCACCUUCGAGGAGGCAGCCAGGAUGGCCAGCUGCUGCAUGCCAUCCCCCUCUCUGGCUGGAGGGUGAGUGUGCCAGACCCUGCAGAGAGACUGGAUGCUGGACACGUGUGGCAGCUGCAGCAGGCCCAGCAGUCUUUGUACCUGAGUGCCCCAUCCGCCGAGCUGCAGCAGCAGUGGUUGGAGGCCCUGCGCUCAGCAGCCCACGGGCACCCGGCCCAGGCCAGCCCGGGGGCCCAGCAGCCCCAGGCCCCAGCUGCCCCAUGAGCUGAGUCUCUGCCACGUCUCCUAGCUGUACAGCCACCACGGCAGGGCCUGUACUCAUCUGAGAGGUGGCAUCAAGGCCACAUGCAGGCAUGAAGGGACUGCUGAGGGACCAACAGGCCACAUAGCACUUGGCCCUGGAGGGUUCCUCCACGUCAGAGAGGAGAAAAAUGAGGCCCAAACAGGGGCAGCCAAUUGCCCAGGGUCACCCAGCACGUCCCUCAAAGACCCGGACCUCUGCGCUCAGGCCCAGCAGUGUGGCCCAGAGUGGGGCGUGGGGUGACUGUCAAGAAAACUCCAUCUGAGUGGGCAGUGAGGGGUCAUCUGCGCCGGAAGACAGAAGGAGCUCAUGGGUGGUGCCCAGGGACACCUGGUGGAUGUCUGCAGUCAUGCCACUCCUCCUGACAGUUGCCCACCCAUCUAUACCAUCUACAUCCAUGUGAGCUGAACCAUACUGGCCCCCUGGACUCCACCUCUCUCCUCUUUCCUCUCCCGGGGACUGGGCACACCCUGUGCCACCUCGUAGCUCGCCACCCCAUUUGGAGAUGCCCAAGGAGGCGAGUGGUGGGUUCCUGAAUAACCAUGCUGCGAAACUACAGGGGGACCACACAGGCGUCGUGGGGGGGCCUGAGAUUUGUGCCUGCCUUCCCUGGUGGGUGAUGGACAGUGCUUAUCUACAUAAAUAAAUG